AUGAGUGUCGCAUACGAGCCAAGGAACUUCAUCCACGAAGGGGCAUAUCCGCCCAUCGGAGACGAACACGACCACGCCGCCGACCAACGCUUCACCGACAAUGAUGUUGCCGAACAACUCAGCCACUACACUGCCGAGGCAGCCAUGCUACCCGACGAUAGAGUCGUCCUGGGAGAUGAUCGAGGGAUGAUACCUGAGGAUGCUACUGCUAUCCAGGAAGCGACGCGCCUCGAUCUAGGGCAUGCAGCUUUCCCAUCCCCUCUUGAAGCCGCAAUGCAGGUGCCGCCGUCACUCGACCCUCUCCAAGACGAGAAGGACCUUUCUCCAGGCGUUGGAUCCCCUCCCUCGUUGCGCAUCAAGCCGAUUCCCAAGCCCGACCGAGAGGUUGCAAAGCAAGCGGAUGGGAAAUUCCACUGCCCUCUAGAUGAUUGCAAGGAGGAGCUACGAGCGUUUUCGCGCAAGUGCGAGUGGAAUAAACACAUGGAUAAGCAUGAACGGCCAUACCGAUGCCCUGCUGACGGUUGCGAGAAUUUGCCUGGGUUUACGUAUUCCGGUGGUCUACUCCGACACGAACGCGAGGUCCAUGGCAAGCAUGGAGGGCCCAAGAACACUGUCAACUGUCCUCACCCGAACUGCAAGCGGCACACUGGGAAAGGCUUUUCGCGCCAGGAAAAUCUGAAUGAGCAUCUGCGACGGGUCCACACCAACAUGGAAGGGAUGACACCUCCUGCCGAACCUAUCCCAUCUCCCGAAGACAACGAAAGCGAAAAGGCGGGGAUGAAGCGCAAGCGACGAUCCAGCGGCCAAAGCACCGAGGAGCUUACAGAACUUCGGGAGGAGAUCAAGCGUGUACGCGAGGAGAAUGAGAAACUCAAGACCGAAAUGGACCAACAGUCUCAACACUCGCUCGCCAUGAUGGCGCAGAUCGCCGAACUGCAAGAUGCCCUUCGACACGGACUGGGCCAGCACGGACUGGGAGCCCCAACGGCGCAGAUGAUUUAG